AUGCCACACUGUGACUCCCCCCACAACUGCAGCACUUCGGUUGAACACCAGGCCACGGAGGGGGCGGGGCUUAGAGGGCGGCGGGAGCUGAAGUCCCUGCCCUUCAUCAGCUACCUGUGGGAGCUGCAGAGGAGCCAGCUGCUGUCCGACGACCUGGUGACCGGGGUGGACAUCAGCUGUGAGGAGAAGGGCAGCUGUCCCCCCGGCUGCCACCUCUGCCACCACCAGGACCUGACCAGCAGAGACACCAGCAGAGACACCAGCAGAGAGACCAGCAGAGGCACCAGCAGAGGCCACAGUGGCAGAGGACACAGCGGAGAGCCGUUCUCCCCCAGCCCUGUGCUCCUGGAGGUCAGCCGAGUGGUCCCUCUGUACAGCCUGGUGCAGGACAACAACACCAGAGAGGCCUUCCGGUUCGUCACCAUGAGCUCACUCUGGUGUUCGGGAAAGGGCGAUGUCAUUGAUAACUGGUGUCGCUGUGACCUGAGUGCCUUCAGUAAAGACGGCCUGCCCAACUGCAGCCCCCUGUGGCAGCCCAUGUACAGGUGUGCAGAGGGGGAGGAGUCAGUGCAGAGGGGAGGAGUCAGUGCAGAGGGGGAGGAGUCAGUGCAGAGGAGGAGGAGCCAGUGCAGAGGAGGAGGAGUCAGUGCAGAGGAGGAGGAUCCAGUGCAGAGGAGGAGGAGCCAGUGUAGAGGAGGAGGAGUCAGUGCAGAGGAGGAGGAGUCAGUGAAGAGGAGGAGGAGUCAGUGCAGUGGGGGAGGAGUCAGUGCAGUGGGGGAGGAAUCAGUGCAGAGGAGGAGGAGCCAGUGCAGAGGAGGAGGAGUCAGUGCAGAGGAGGAGGAGCCAGUGCAGAGGAGGAGGAGCCAGUGCAGAGGGGGAGGAGCCAGUGCAGAGGGGGAGGAGUCAGUGCAGAGGGGGAGGAGUCAGUGCAGAGGGGGAGGAGUCAGUGCAGAGGAGGAAGAGUCAGUGCAGAGGGGGAGGAGCCAUUUGCACCUCUCUCCGCACCUGGAGCCGUCCAGCACCAUGGUGGCCCUGGAGUGGACCGACAUAGAACCGGUCAUCGGCUUCAAGAUCUCGGACUACGUCAUCCAACACAAGAGAGUGGAAGACCCUUCGGAGCCGGACGUCUACACAGGUGAGAGAGCCGGGGUCGUCCACCUGCUGGGUCUGGGUCUGAGCCGGGGUCGUCCACCUGCUGGGUCUGGGUCUGAGCCGGGGUCGUCCACCUGCUGGGUCUGGGUUUGA